CAUUAAGAACAAUUUGAGAAUAAGUUCAAGUUUAGCAGCGCGAACGUAACAAACGCGAUGCAUUUAAGCUUUUCUUUAUUCAUCUGCUACAAUUUGCCGUUGCUGCUGCAAGCUUGUCCCAUCUACUUGACGAUUUCGCUCGAUGCCAAAACUGUGCAAGAUGCUAACCUCGAAGUAAAUUGGGGUCCCGAAUGUCAUGAUCAUCCCGAAUGGAUAGGUAUUUUCAGCGAAGAUCCCUCAACCACAUACGUACAGCCCGAGGCGCGUAUCACCGACAUAACAAACUCGUCCGGUAAAGUUUUAAGUGAUGUGAAAAUCGGUAAAUUACGCUUUCCGCCCGGUUGGAAUAGUAAUGAUGUGAAUGUGGUGCCCAGCGAAUAUCCGAAGGGUAAAUGUCUGCCAUAUUAUGUAGCCAGCUUCAAUGGUAGUGAACUGUUGACGGUGGAAUGUUUAAAAAUACAACCGAAUUGGAUGUCCAAGUUGGAGCAUAUAGCGCAAAUGCCCUUGAAGGAUCUCUUCAUACCGGGUACUCACGCUUCGGCAGCUUAUGUCGCUAACUUGACCAAAACCAAAUCGGUGCUGGUUAAAGACUAUGUGGUAGCUCAACACUUCGAUGUCUGGUCACAAUUGGUCUUUGGUAUGCGAUAUUUGGACUUUAGUAUUGGCUUUGAUAAAAUUGUAGAUGUCUAUGAUUCGAACAAUGCCGAUAACUUCUGCAUUGUCAACGAGAACAAGCUUGUCCGCCCAUUGAGGAAUGUUUUGAAGGGUAUUAAGCGUUUCGUAAAACUGUCUCAUGAGGUCGUUAUAUUAGACUUCAGUUCGUUUCCUAUUGGGUUCUAUAAGCAUCCCGAACGUCAUAGCAGUCUGCUGCAUCUUUUGCACGAAGAAGUCGGCGAUAUUGUCUACACACGAAACACAAGUACACACGAGGAAGCCAAGCCAUGCUAUGAGCUCACUAUUGACGAGAUAAGGAGUAAUAACAAAUUUCUAAUAAUUUUAUAUCCGGUGCAGGAGUUACCAUAUCCGGAAAGUGAGUCGAAAAUAUUAUGUCCCAACUGGAAACGUUUCUCCACCGCUUUUAUGAAUACCUCCGAGGCAUUGGACAAUAUGCGUUUGUUGUUUAGCAAAAAGCAUAAUUCACCGGUACGGAAUGAAGGUUGGACCUUUCAGGCUAUACGUAGCAUGGAACAGUCUUUGAAUAACAAUAAAUUGGAGACAGCCAAGGAACGUGCCGCCAUUUUGAACCCCAAAGUUACGAGUUGGCUCAAGGGGCCUUGGAGCUUAACCGCUAAUGUUGUCGCACUCGAUUAUUUCAGUAACACAAAUAUUAUCGACGUGGCCAUUUAUGCCAAUAUGCAUAAGGCUUUCAAUAUGGCCAAUAAGAAUUUCGUUAAUUUUGAGAUUGUUAGUAAUUAAAGUUAAAUAAAAAUUCGUAGCAUAGAGUUGCCACCCGGUUGCACAUAGCUUACAAGAGUAUUGCACAUAGUUGGCCUUCAAGCAAUCUAAUGUAUCUAAUUUUGGCUAUAGUCCAUAACAUUAACAUUACUUUGAAAACCAAAGAAUAAAGCAUAUUAAAAGUUUA